AUGAAAGAGCUGAUUGUUGAAGCUUUGCAGAUGUUGGCUCUCGAACUUCUUCUUCUGCUUGUACUUCAUAAAGCAGCUUCCAAUGUAGUCGACCUCCCAGUUGGUGUUGAAUCAAGCGCCUGGAAUUCGUUGGCCAGACAAGUUGGCGGUGUCAAAAGAUAUUACAUCACUAAAAGUGAAAUUAUUAGUCAACAAAAAAUAAUGAGUGCUGCUAAUACUCUUCAUCUGGUACCAGAUGGACCACCUCGGGUUUACUACCGACGAAUUUUAACACCAAUUUAUGGCAGCGUACAAAGCUCGACUAAAUCGUCUUGUGAAGAUACAUGCGGUUGUGAAGUAUGUGACGUUGGCUGUAUAACUUCUUGCGGAAAAGCUAAAGCUCGAGAUGCUCCUACCGUCAAAUACAGUAAAGGUUCUCAACCGCAUCUUAGUCUCCGACAUCACAAGCGUCAUCAUUCAUAA